AUGCUGCACGAGACGUGGCCUGAGGCCUGCCGGCUCCGCGGCCGAACCAACUACAACACCCUGGCCGAUUUCAUAGCUGAGGUUAACAACAACGAACGAAAAGAGGGCGCGGAGGGUACAGGAGGUGCAGAAGGCGCGGCGGGCGGGGGCGGGUCUCCGGGCGCGCGAAGCUAUGAGGAACUGCGACCGCCAGUCGCGCGCGACAUGCAGACAUACGUGCACCUGGAGGAGGCGCUGUUUAAGGCGGGGGGAGAAUACAUGCACCGCAGUCCCGACCUAACACCCUCGCCCGAACGCCGCGAGGAUUCCUACCGCACGAUGCACUACGAGCCCUACUCACCGCCGUCCGCGCCGCCACCAUAUCACCACCUCGACAAUGGCGGCGUAGCGGAGAGCAGCGUAAGCGGCGGUGGAGCGUAUUCACGCUGCGCUGGUUACGCCAGUGGCAACACGACGUACUACAGCGGAGGCGGAGAACUUGGACAGCCACAAACAUGGGGUGGUUCAUCACCCGUCUAUUGUGGGAGCACUGUACUUGGUGAUUAUGUGGAAGGCGAAAGUGGAGGCGAACCCGCCAGUGGUGGAGCGCUUCCCCCUUUUAGUGCGCGCUUCGGUAGCGCCUAUGCCUCCACAUCGCGCGCUGCCGCCACUGCGCCUACUACCUACACGCAACCCGAGCUAUGGCGUGUCGAGUGCGGCUAUAGGCCUCAGCUGUCCGCCGCCGCCAGUCUUUCUGCCA